AUGAAAAGUUAUUUCGCCAUUGCUGCAACUUCAGUUCUCUUGACCACUGCUUAAGCACAAAGAUCAGCAUUUGUUGAAGAUGCUUAAGAUAUUAGACACAUUUAAGAAGAUUUUAGACAUUUGAAAUAGCAUUAGUAAAAUAUCGGAGUAAUUCUUGGGGAAUUGAGGAAAUCGUAGUUAGCAAAGUAACAAAUCUAAAUAAGAAGAUCUGCCUCGCAAACACCAUAUGAUCCAAACGUUCAAUUCUUCAUUCCAAAGAUUCCUAAGGAAGCCAUCUCUAAAGGAAUAGAGAUCAUUGAUGAUUUUAAGGAUAUUUACCAAACCAUUAAGUAAGCAAACUAAAAGCCAUAAGCCUAACCUCAGCCAUAAGUAUUACCUAAGCCUUAACCUGAGCCAUAAGUAUAACCAUAACAAAAAGUGCCACAUUAACCUACCUAAUUAAUUCCAGAGAUUUAACCAAAAUAACAAGUUAUGCCCAAACCGAAAGACUAAACAAAAGUCCAACCAUAGAAAAAACCCGCUAAGCAAAGCAUAUAAGAUGAAUAAUAAUAUAUCCCAAAACCAAAAGAUCAAACUAAACCUGUGCAUCAUAAGAAAUAAAAAAAGAAUUCACAACCAUCUUACACAAUUUCAGACUAUAGUUUUGUAGAGCCUCUUGACAAUGGAGAGACUUUUGGCUUUGAGGAGAAUAUUUUUGAGUAAGAACCAAUGUAUUUAAAUGCUUGGAAAAAGGACCAAGAUGUUCAAUAUGAUGACUUUAAUAAUGUAAGAAGCAAUUAAAACAAUGAUAUUCUCUACGAAUUCGCUGAUCUUGAAAGAGCUGACAAAUUCUUGUCACAUUCUAAUUCUAACUAAUAGAGACUCAAUCAGGUUGCAUAUUGA